AUGAAGAAAGUAACUUUCUUCAAAUUCAUUGCAGUGCUAUGUUCACUGUUAAUAGCCAUUCCUAUUGCAAUAGUAGUUGCUGAUGAAAAACCUGAUCUUGGUACAGUUAUCGGUAUAGAUUUAGGUACGACCUAUUCUUGUGUUGGUGUUCACGUAAAUGGAAGAGUUGAAAUAUUAGCCAAUGACCAGGGUAAUCGUAUCACACCUUCGUACGUUGCCUUUACCGAUGAUGAACGUCUAGUCGGUGAUGCAGCAAAAAAUCAGUUUGCCAACAACCCUCAAAACACCAUUUUUGACGCCAAACGAUUGAUUGGUCGUCGCUUUUCCGACAAAGAAGUUCAACAAGAUAUUAAACACUUUCCAUUUAAGGUUAUUGACAAGGACGGUAAACCAGCUAUUCAAGUCACAGUAAAAGGUGAAGAAAAAGUAUUUACACCAGAAGAAAUUUCGGCCAUGGUUCUUGGUAAAAUGAAAGAAAUUGCCGAAUCAUAUUUAGGCAAGAAAGUCACACAUGCGGUAGUUACGGUUCCAGCUUAUUUUAAUGACGCUCAAAGACAAGCUACAAAGGAUGCUGGCACAAUUGCUGGUCUUAAUGUCCUCCGUAUUGUAAAUGAACCUACAGCCGCUGCAAUUGCAUAUGGUCUUGAUAAAUCCGAUGGUGAACGUCAAAUUUUAGUCUAUGAUCUUGGUGGUGGUACCUUUGAUGUCUCCCUCUUGUCGAUCGAUGAUGGUGUUUUUGAAGUAUUGUCAACUGCUGGCGAUACUCACUUGGGAGGUGAAGAUUUCGACAACCGGCUUAUCGAUCACUUUGUUAAGGUCUAUAAAAAGAAGAAUAAGGUUGAUGUUACUUCAGAUUUAAAAGCCAUGGGUAAAUUAAAACGAGAAGUCGAAAAGGCCAAGCGUACGUUAUCCUCCCAAAUGUCAACUCGUAUUGAAAUCGAAUCAUUCCACGAUGGAAAAGAUUUUUCUGAAACUUUGACUCGUGCCAAAUUUGAAGAACUUAAUAACGAUCUCUUCCGUAAAACGAUAAAACCUGUUGAUAAUGUGUUGAAAGAUGCAAAUAUCGAAAAGAAGGAUGUACAGGAUAUUGUUCUUGUUGGUGGUUCCACCCGUAUUCCCAAAGUUCAACAACUCCUUGAAGAAUUCUUUAACGGCAAAAAGGCCUCCAAAAAUAUCAAUCCUGAUGAAGCUGUUGCAUAUGGUGCCGCCGUACAAGGUGGUAUUCUUUCUGGAGAUGAACAUGUCAAAGAAAUUCUUUUGGUUGAUGUUUGUCCCCUUACUCUUGGUAUUGAAACGACCGGUGGUGUGAUGACAAAAUUGAUUCCUCGUAAUACUGUAAUUCCCACAAAGAAGUCACAAAUUUUCUCAACCGCCGCGGAUAAUCAACCUACCGUAUUAAUUCAAGUUUUCGAAGGUGAACGAUCUAUGACUAAAGAUAACAACUUACUUGGCAAGUUCGAAUUGACAGGCAUACCACCUGCACCACGAGGUAUACCACAGAUUGAGGUUACUUUUGAAAUUGAUACCAAUGGUAUAAUGAAAGUAUCUGCGGUUGAUAAGGGCACAGGAAAAUCUGAAUCGAUUACAAUUACCAAUGAUAAAGGUCGUCUCUCUAAAGAAGAGAUCGAUCGUAUGGUUGAAGAAGCCGAACAAUUUGCCGAAGAGGAUAAGGUUCAAAAGGAACGAAUCGAAGCCAGAAAUCAACUUGAAAACUUUGCAUACUCCCUCAAAAAUCAAAUCGCUGAUGAUAACGACCUUGGUAAGAAACUCAGUGACGAGGACAAGAAAACCAUUAAAGAUGCAAUCAAGUCAGUUGAAGAUUGGUUAAAUGAACAUUCAAAUUCUGCGAUGAAAGAAGAUUUUGAUGAAAAACGAGAAGAAUUAGAAUCUAUUGUCAAGCCAAUAACUUCAAAAUUAUAUGCGGACCAAACUCCACCUUCACAAGACGAUGAAGAGCCACCAACUCAUGAUGAAUUAUAG